AUGCUCCCCGCCGCCGGCGCCGACGCCUCGCAGCGGCCGCACGAGCAGCCAGCGCGCAACACGCUCCUCGCGCGCGCAAAGGCCAAGGCCCUGCGGUACAUCGACUACGACCCGCUCGUCGUCGAGGCCGCGAGCGUCAGCGAGACGCUCAAGCGCGCGGUGGCUGGCGACCCGAGGCGAGGCGCGCUCGCCUACUUCGCGAGGCUGUUCCCUUUCGUGCGGUGGCUUCCCCUGUACAACGUCAAGUGGCUCAUCGGCGACCUCAUCGCGGGCAUCACCGUCGGCAUGGUCCUCGUUCCUCAAGCCAUGUCCUACGCCAAGAUCGCGACGCUCCCGCUCGAGUACGGCCUGUACUCGUCCUUCGUCGGCGUGUGCGUCUACGCCCUGUUCGCGACGUCCAAGGACGUGACGAUCGGGCCCGUCGCCGUCAUGUCGCUCGAGGUGGCUCGCGUCAUCCAGCACGUCCAGGACUCGGAGGGCGGCGACAUCUACAGCGCGCCCGAGAUCGCGACCUGCCUCGCCUUCCUGUGCGGCCUCAUCGUGCUCGGCAUCGGUCUACUGCGCCUCGGCUGGCUCAUCGAGUUCAUCCCCUCGCCGUCCAUCGCGGGCUUCAUGACGGGCUCGGCGCUCAACAUCGCGGCGGGCCAGGUCCCGGCCCUCAUGGGCUACUCGAGCAAGCUCAACACGCGCGCGGCGACGUACAAGGUCAUCAUCAACACGCUCAAGCACCUGCCCGAUACCAGGCGCGACGCCGCGUUCGGCCUCUCGGGUCUCGUGUUCCUCUAUUUCGCCCGGUGGUCCCUCACGCGCCUCGAGCGCCGCUCGCGCAACCCGAUCGUCAAGAAGAUCGCCUUCUUCGCCCUCACGCUGCGCACGGCGUUCGUCAUCAUCUUCCUCACCGUGUUUUCGUGGGUCUACGUCCGCGGCAAGAGCAAGCCGUUCCCGAUCAGCAUCCUCGGCGACGUCCCGAGCGGGUUCCAGCACAUGGGCCAGCCCAAGCUGCCGACCGACCUCAUGAGCAAGAUCGCGCCGCAGCUGCCCGUCUCGACCAUCAUCCUCCUCCUCGAGCACAUCGCCAUCGGCAAGUCGUUCGCGCGCAUCAACAACUACAAGAUCGACCCGAAUCAGGAGCUCAUCGCCAUCGGCGUGUCGAACCUCGUCGGUACCCUGUUCAACGCCUACCCGGCCACGGGCAGUUUUUCUCGCUCGGCGAUCAAGGCCAAGGCGGGCGUGCGCACCCCGCUCGCCGGCCUCUUCACGGGCGUGUGCGUCGUUGUCGCCCUGUACGCGCUCACCGGAGCGUUUUACUGGAUCCCGAACUCUGCGCUCGCCGCCGUCAUCAUUCACGCCGUCCUCGACCUCAUCGCCUCGCCUCGGCAGGUGUACGCCUUCUGGAAGGUGUCGCCGCUCGAGGCGCUCAUCUUCGUUAUCGCCGUCGUCGUCGCCGUCUUUUCGACCGUCGAGAUCUCGAUCUACACCUCGGUCGGCUGCUCGGUCGCCCUCCUCCUGUUCCGCAUCGCGAGGCCGCGAGGCUCGUUCCUCGGCCGGGUCCGCCUGCGCCCCGACGACCAAGCCGCCUCUGGCUCGGUCAGCCCCGUCGCGCCGCCGGUCCUCCACCGCGACGUGUACUUGCCGCUCCUGCCCGACGGCGUGCGCAACCCGCUCGUCCAGGUCGAGGCGCCACCGCCGGGCGUGCUCGUGUACAAGUUCGAGGAGUCGUUCCUUUUCCCCAACGCGUCCUUCUAUGCCGACGUCAUCCUCGACUACGCCAAGCAGCACACUCGCUCGGGCCACAACUACGACAACGUGCCGACCGGCGACAGGCCCUGGAACAACCCGGGCCGGCUGCCGUGGCAGAAGAAGAAGGCGGCGGCCGACGAGGACGAGGAGGCGCAGAAGCCGCUUCUUCGGGCCGUCGUCUUUGACAUGUCGAGCUGCUCCAACAUCGACACGACGAGCGUGCAGAACAUUGUCGACCUCAAGAACUCGCUCGAGCGGUACAGCGACACCCAGGUCCAGUUCCACUUCGCGAGCAUCCUGUCGCCCUACAUCAAGCGAGCUCUCCUCGCCGGCGGCUUCGGUACGGGCAAGGGUUGGUCGUGCGACGAGCGCGCCCUCGAGGUCGCACCUGUCGUCCAGUCGGGCAUGGAGCCCGUCAUGACCGAGGCGGCCAAGCGGCACCAGCGCACCCACUUCCAGCGGCGGUAUCCGCUCUCGCCGCCGCCGGGGACGCCGCAAAAGUUCGGCGGCGACGGCGACGAGGAGCACAAGGAGCGCCUCGAAGACGAGCCGACGUCGUCGUCGUCGGGCGGCAGCAGCAGCGGCGCCGGCGACGAGGUGCGGCGCGACGGCGUCAACGAGGCCGACCUCGAGGCCGCUCUCGGCGACGUGGCGCAAAAGGCGCCGCACAUGCAGGGCAACCUGUGGGCGCACCAGAUCCCGGGCGAGCAUGGCCUGCACCUCGAGGCGCCCGUCGUGUCGAACCUGUUCCCGCGCUUCCACCUCGACCUCACGUCGGCCGUCGCGGCGGCUGUCGGCAAGUCCGACUGGUGACCUCGCUCUCUCCCUCUCCCUCUCUCUCCCGCAUCCCGCAUGUCUAUUCCGCAUUGUCUAGAGCCUCGCCUG